AAGUUUGUUUUGAGUUUUGAUACACACCACAUUGGUUUUAGUUUGGGAUUGUACUAUUUUGGGAUUGGACCAAGAUGCUCAAUUUUGCAAGCAAAAUGGUUCCAAUGGAAGGAGCUUUGGAGAAACAGUUAUGCCACAGUGGAGUUCUCUCUAUCAACUGCAAACAAGCAACAAAGCAGGAGAUUCGAACCCCUUUAAACCACCUAAUGUCGACCAAUAAAACCGAGUUCACAAGUUCUGUAGUCCAUCACCGAAAUACAGUCAAGGUUUGUGCUGUGAGGAGGAGAAGGAUACAUACUGAUAGUGAAACUUAUGUGUUACUGGAACCAGGAGAGGAUGAGAAGUUUGUUACAGAAGAAGAGUUGAGGGUCAAGUUGAAAGGUUGGCUCGAAAACUGGCCAGCCAAGAACCUUCCAACUGAUCUUGCUAGAUUCAAAAGCAUUGAUGAUGCUGUUACUUAUUUAGUAAGGUCUGUUUGUGAACUUGAAAUCCAUGGAGAUGUUGGUUCAGUUCAGUGGUACGAAGUUCGUUUAGAAUGAAAAUAGGAUUCAAGCCUUACUCAUGAAACAUGAAUUCUACACUUGUGGACUGAAAGAGAUCGAUCAAAAGUGUUUUCGCUCGGUGAACUGAGAGUGUGAUUUCAUUUACAGCAAUCAUUAGUUUGUAAAAGCUGACCAUUGUUAGAACUUAGAACUAAAGGCCCUUUUGGCACUACUUCUAGAACACCAAGUUUGGUAGCAAAAUGAGCAAAAAUUGCAUCUCAGCACAAGGUGCUUUUCUCAGAUGGUGCUUCCAAGUGCAUUAUUAUUAGUAAGAUUUCAUAGAAAGUACUGAGGAAAGUGCUUCUAACAAAAGGGCUUCCAACAUGAGUACUACUGAGAGAAAGCACUUCCUACAGAAGUUCCAAUGGACCCUAACACCGUCUUGGGUAAUUUUGCUUCAUUUGUUUUCUAAUCAUGUUUGAAUCACAUUCUAUAUCACAAAUGAGUGACUGUCAUUACUCUGCA